AUGUGUCCAAACUCUGUGCAACGGCGUCGCGGCCGACAGACCUACAGUCGCUACCAGACGCUGGAACUGGAAAAGGAGUUCCAGUACAGCAACUAUCUGACGCGACGUAGACGAAUCGAGAUUGCGCACAGCCUCUGUCUGACGGAGCGUCAGAUCAAAAUCUGGUUCCAAAAUCGUCGAAUGAAGCUGAAAAAAGAGCGCCAGCAGAUCAAAGAGAUCAACGACGAACUGAGCCGUCGUGGCGGCCCUGGCAACGGCGCUGGCAACGGAGGCGGCAGCGGCGGCGGCGGCGGCGGCGGCGGUAUCACGUCAGGCAGGCUGUCCGGAGGACCGGGAUUCGGACCCGGCGACCUGGCCUACUCGACGGGACUGACGAGUCCCGAGGCCUCAUCGCUCGCCUCGCUGGAGCACGGUCAGACGACGCCCCAGUCGACGGGCGGCGUCGACACCGGCCCCGCCGGACUCGCAGACGCCGUCGGCUCCGGAGACGCCGCUACCGCCGGCCUCCUCGCGGCUCCGCCGCCGAUGCAGUUGCCGGGCGCCGGCUCGACCUAUUCCAGACUGACGCACACCCUCUCCCCCUCCGAUCGGAUGCAGCCGCGUCUCGGUCUCGACGGUCUUCCGUCGCUGGUCGCCGCCGGUCUCUACUGCCAGGCGACCGGAGUCGCCACGACUCCGCUGCCUCAGACGCCGGCACAAGCGCUGCUGCUCUCGCACUCGUCACUCCACCUCGUGGCCGGCUCGCCGCUCGACGUCUAUCCGUUCGGCCAGACCGGCGGACAGGGUUUGUUUGAGUUCACGGCCCUAGCAACCGGACGACAUCAGCCCGAGGCCGAGGCCGAGACCGAGACCGAGGCAGGACUCGGAGCUGGGGUCGGAUAUGGUGUCGAAGGUCUAAUCGAGCAUAAUUGCGAACGGAAUGAAGUGGUGAAAAGAAAGGUCGACGCAGGUGGGCGGGAGGAGGAGGAGGAUGACGACGACGACGAAGAGGAGGAAGAAGAAGAUGAGGAGGAGGAAGAGGAGGAAGAGGAGGAGGAGGCGGAGGAGGAAGAAGAAGAGGAUGAUGAUGAUGAUGAUAAUGGUGAUGAGGAAGAGGAAGAGGAUGAAGAAGAAACUGGACCAGAGCGUGUCGAGGACAGAGGUGGGGUUUUGAGCCAGAACCUACUUCUCAUCGAGCCAAUACGCAACAGGCAACGGGGUCUGGUGGGCCGAGGAUUUCAAUCGAAAGAGAAUAUCGGUCAGGUCUCGUGA